AUGACACAUACUACGGAUACGUGUCAAUUUGAAAAGGACGUGAAAGAAGAAGAAUAUCAAUGUGUCUCUAAUAAGAAAUCAGAUAAAUAUCCGAUUGGUUAUGUACUAACAUUACAAGUUAAAGGUGAACUUUCUCCAGGAAGAGUACAAUGGGGUUGUGUUCAUCCCCUUGGCUAUAAUAAAUCCCUUAACAUCGCAGUAGAGAAUCAUGAUACUACGUCAAGAAAACCAACUGAACCAAAAACAAGUUCAACUCAUUACGAUAAAACACCAACUCCGACACAAUCUCCACGCCCAGCAAAUAAUGUCUGCACACAACAAAACAAUAGUAAUACCAUUCUUACAGCUAUCUGUGUUGUUGGUGUCUUGGUUUUGAUAAACAUCAUAUUCCACGUGAUGUCUCUGUAUGAUAAACGAAAACAAGAUUAUGCUAAACAAGGGUCAUCAAAACCACUAGCACUAGAACCGAGGGGUCCAGAAAGUAACUACGCUGGUCUUGAUAAUAUAAUGGACGAUGGUCACACUUAUGAUACAGCUCAAGCUGCAGGCGUACCAUAG